AUGACUCCUCCUCAUCGGCAAACAGAGCCAGGUCAGCCUCCUGAUUGCCAAUCAGGUACAGUUAUAAUAAGAGCAAACACAGAGCAGCUGAGUGGCCAUGAUGUCAUUGAUGGCUCUGGAUGGUACUCUCUCCCCCCUCGUCUCUCCUCCUCCUGCUUCCAUCUGCUUCUGUGUCGUCACAGCUAGAAAGCCUGGGAGUGGCCGGGGGGAGGAGAGGAAGUGGAGAGACGGAAAAAAGAAGAAGGAGGAGAACAGGAAGAUCGAGCAGCCGUGAACAAAUCAGGGAUUUUUCUGAAUAUUUCCACCUGCGAUCAUCCUGCAGCCCAUUGCAGCAUGGCCGAGGGCUCUGUGUCUGCCGCCGAGGUGGCGAUGUCCUUCCAGAAGUUUGCCGUCCACGGUGACACCAAAGCGACGGGGAAGGAGAUGCACGGCAAGAACUUCGCAAAGAUGUGCAAGGAUUGCAACAUCAUCGACGGCAAGAACGUCACCACCACAGACGUCGACAUUGUCUUCAGCAAAGUCAAGUCUAAAUCAGCUCGCGUAAUCACAUUAGAGCAGUUCAACUUGGCCCUGACUGAGCUGGCCCCCAAGCGUUUUAAAGGAAACAGCAAGGAGGAGGCGCUGCAGCUAAUUUACGGCCUGAUUGUUGGCAAGGAGCCUGCCAAUGCCGGAAUCACUAGAGCAGCAAAGGUGGCGGCUGUGGACAGACUGACCGACACCACCAAGUACACGGGAACACACAAGGAGAGAUUCGAUGACUCGGGAAAAGGGAAGGGAAAGGUCGGCCGUCAGGACACCCCUGACGCUAGCGGCUACGUCGCAGCUUACAAGGGCAGCGGCACUUAUGAAGAAAAGGUGAAGGAUUCACAAUCCUGAAGAUUUACAGAACGAUAUCAAAAAAUGUAGAUUUUGGUCUCACUGUAUUUUAGAAUGACAUAUGCAUCUCUUACAUUAGUGAACAGAGAAAAUGCGCUUUGCUUUGUGCCUUAUUAUAGGAAUGUUUAAAAGCAUAUUGCUCCUACUUACCCUGUUUUUACAAUGAAGAAAAUAAAUGCAUAAAAAUCGUGUAUCAAAACUUAAAAACAAACAAAAACAUUUUUUUUAAAUAUUUAAAUGAUUUGAGUACUAAAAAACAACAACAUAUACCCCCUAGAGCAGGGGUUGGCAACCCAAAAUGUUGAAAGAGCCAUAUUGGACCAAAAAUACAAACAAAAGUCUGUCUGGAGCCACAAAAAAAUUAAAGUCUUAUUUAGGUGUUAUAAUGAAGGCAACACAUGAUGUAAAUGUCUAUAUUUGCUAUAAUUGCCUACUAUCAAAAUGACUAUGGUCACAAGCUGACGCAAAUCUUCGUUGACAGAAAUGUUGAAAUGUAAUAUUUAUUCUACACAUUGGAAAACAUUAGUAAAACGGAGGUUUUGUCACGUGUGGUGCGCAUGGUGAUGCAGGGUUUUGUUCUCCCAGGAAGCAAAGGACGAAUCCGGACAGGACUUACAGGUGACGACUUGAUUUAAUAGAAAAAUAACACAAAACUGGUACAAAACAGAAAACAAACCGACAGGAAGAGGUGCCGAACGCACUGGAAGCUAAGGCUAACACUUAGCACAGACUAUGGAACUUAGCUGAGUCUAGAAUCAAGAACGAACUUACGUGGCAGUCGCGUGAUGCAAAAACAAAGAAAGCAGAACGAGUGAUGAACAAAAGUGGGCUUAAAUAGAGUCUCUGAUGAGAAACAGGUGCGCGUACAAGGCAGGUGAAAAUCAAGUAACCAUGGUGACGAAACAAACUCACAAGUGCACAAGUAAUAACAAAAGGAGUCCAAAACUAACCAAACAUAACUUAACAAAACAUGAUCCGACCACGGAUCAUGACAGGUUUCUCAGAAGGUGAGAAAACUCCUUGACAUUACUGGCUUUUAAUGGCCAAAAGGUAUAGAUGUGUGUGUUCGAGUUAAAGGAAACGACAGGCUGCCUACUCUAGCGGAUUUAUUACAAUCUUUGCAAGCUGAGUAACGUUUGCUGUGGUCUGGAACAACAAUGCAUACAAACAACUAUUAGAAAUGCAGCCGAUAUUACAUACAGAUAAUGUGUCAUGGGACAUGCAAAUAUAAAUUAAACACAGAGGACAGAAGUAAAGGAAAUGAAAAGAGCUCAAAUAUACCUACACACUAGGCAUAAUGAUGCAAUAUGUACAUAAAGCUAGCCUAAAUAGCAUGUUAGCAUCGAUGCCUGAUUAGCAGUCCAACAAGUCAAUACAUCAACAAAGCUCACCUUUGUGCAUUCACACACAGUAUAAAACGUUGGUGGACAAAAUAAGACAAAAAAGGAAUGGCAUAAAACAUGUCUUUCUGUGGCAGCGUCUGAGAAAGUUGUACAUGUAAACAAACUACAGUGAGUUCAAGGGCCGACAAAAUUAGUAGGACACGCCAAAUAGUUUCAUCAUUGAUUAAAAACAGUGGGAUUUCCAACAA